CUUUGCCCAGCGGCUCCACCCGCGGCGCGCAUGCGCGUUCCUCCUCCGCGUUAGGUUCCAGCGCCUCACCCUCUGGGGGAGCCGAGUCUGAGCGAGGGUGGAAGGGAGCGAGAAGGGGCGGAGCGGACAGUGGGCAAGUAGCUAAGGGACCCGAGCGCGAGUGGACGCCCGUUUUCUCCUUCCUCUCCGAGAGGCCAACUUAGGAGAGUUGUAUCUCAUCACCUGCUGCCUGAAACUGACCUUCAGAGGAGUUCCUGGAGAGAGAAACAGUGGGAUCUAAUCAAGCAAAAUAGGCUCAACCAAAGUGUGUUUCACCCAUGGAAACAGAUUUAUUAUGGCACAGCACCUAGGACAAGUGUUUCCUAUUCAGCAACUCAAGUACAUCAACAAAUACCCUGAUGUUUUCAAUAAAUGUGAAUAAUUUCAUCACUAAGACAUUACACAUUUUUUGUAUGUUGGUGGAACUUCAUGUUUUUUAUGUCCCUGAAGGAUCGUGGAACUAUAAGCUAAAUACCAUUUCAAUAGAAGUUGUUAACAAAUUCAUUUCAGCUGGAUUUAUAAGAGUAUCUCCUCACCUAACUUUACAAGCCCUGAGAGAACGACUUGGUGAGUUCCUUGGCGAAGAUGCUGUUGCAGAAAAAUUUUUAUUUCUGAAAUGCAUUGGAAAUAAUCUAGCUGUGGUGAAGGUAAAACAAGAAUCAGAACUGAAACUCAAAUCAUUUGCUCCUCCAUAUGCUCUUCAACCAGAAUUAUAUUUGCUUCCUAUAAUGGAUCAUUUAGGAAAUAUUUAUUCAGCAUCAACUGUUGCUUUAGAUGGGCGGCAAACUAAUAAUGGUGUUGCUGAGGCUGAUGGAAUAAUCCACAGACCACUUAGAGUAACUUUGUUGAAGGAAGAACCUGGAACAGAUCCCAGUUUUUUAGUAAACACUUUGAAAGAGCUUCUCAACAAGAAUCAGGAAGAAGCAGCAUCAGCUGGGGGGAAAGCCACUCCAAAAGAAAACCAGACUGGAAAAAAUCAAAUUGGAAAUUCUGAAGUUCCAGGAUCAUUGGAAUCGAAUAGUGAUUAUUUUAGCAACAAAAAAAGUCCGUUUCUUUGGAAAAAUGAAGAUGAUGGGGUUAAUAUCAUUAGAACAGAGGACAAUCAGAUAGAUAAAAAAGAGUGUAUCACUCUACCAGAUCUUAUUGAUUUUCCUUCACUUCCUUGUCAACCUGCUCUUUCUCCAGGAAUAAUUGAUAUAUCUUUAUUACAGAUUGAAAGAGAGAAGAUUAUUGAACAGAUGAAACAAGUAAAGGAAGAAAGAAGAUAUCUGGAAAGAAUUAGAGAAGAACUUCUAAAAAAAGUCGAAAAGCUAUGUGAACAGAGCAAAUUGAAGCGAUAUCAUGCCUGUGAUGGUUGGAAGAAAAAAUAUUUGGAAACAAAGAAAAUCACAGCAUCACUAGAGGAUGUUUUAACAAAACUUAGAGAAGAUUUGGAACUUUACUAUAAAAAACUGCUCAUGCAACUUGAAUCCAGGGAGAUCAAGAUGAGACCAAAGAAUUUGGCAAACAUCACAGACUCUAAGAAUUACCUCAUCAUCCAGAUCACUGAAGUACAGCAUGCAAUUGACCAACUUAAGAGAAAACUGGAUACUGACAAAAUGAAACUUAUAAUAGAAGUUAAGAUGAGAAAGCAAGCAGUCUCAGAUUUACGCACAUUGAAAGCUGAACUGGCACAGAAGAAAAUUAACACAUCUUUACAGUCUCCAUUAGGGAGCAUUGGCUGCUGCAGUACAUUCUGACAAGGCCUGACUUUGUUCAUCAUAAGACAUCACAAAGAGAAAGUCACAAGCAUCUGCA